UUUCAGAAUCUCGCUUACGAGACUGUCCAGAAGGUCGGUGAAUAUCGGCUGGUUAAAGACACGCUCACGUUGGAGUAAAUAACGAACCUCAGCAACCUUAAAAGAUGCGGGACAACCAACUUGUGAUGGAAGCCGUCGCCAGCCGGGCCGAUGAAUUACACGAGCUCGGUCAGUUCCUCUGGGACAACCCGGAGACCGCGUUCAAGGAGGAAAAGGCGCACGAGUACCUCACCGACCUCUUGGAGAAGCAGGGAUUUCGGGUUCAGCGGAACUACUGCCUGCCGACAGCGUUCCGAGCCGAGUACGGAGACGGCCGUCCCGUGGUGGCCUUGCUGUGCGAGUACGACGCCCUGCCCGGCCUGGGCCACGCCUGCGGCCACAACCUGAUCGCCAUGAGCUCGGUCGGCGCCGGCAUCGCCGUCAAAGCGGCACUGGACGCGGAUGCCUCGCUUCGAGGAAAGGUCGUGAUCAUGGGCACACCCGCUGAAGAAGGCGGCAUGGGCAAAGAGCUGAUGUUGCAGAAGGGCGCCUUCGACGACGUCGAUGUGGCGCUCAUGUCCCACCCCGAGCACAGGGACGCCCUCCGCCUCAUGAUGACCGCACGGAGUCUGAUCAAGGCCGUGUUCCACGGAAAAUCGGCGCACGCCUCGCUGGCCCCUUGGGAAGGCCUGAGCGCCCUGGACGCAGCAGUCGGAGCGUACGUCAACAUCUCCAUGCUCCGACAGCGCAUGAAACCAUCCUGGAGAGUUCACGGGGUGAUGCUUAAUGCCGGGACGAAGAGUAACAUCAUUCCCGAUGAGAGUGAGCUGUGCUACAGCGUCCGGGCACCCACGACAACGGAAAUGCUCAUGAUCAAGGAGCAGGUGGAGGCCUGCUUCCGUGCCGCUGCCUUGGCGGCCGGCUGCACAGCCACCAUAUCGGAGAAGUCGCCGACCGCCAAGCAUAUGAUACAGAACGAGGUACUCAUACGGCUCUACCAGAAACACGCGGAACGACUUGGGAUAACUUUCGAAGACUCGGAGCCGGGACAGUUCGUCGAGACGGGAGUGACAUCCGACAUCGGGAACGUCUCCCACCUGCUCCCGUGCGUCCACCCCGUCUUCGGCAUUGUCACCGCGGGCAAGAACCACUCGUCGGAGUUCAACGAGGCCACUGGAACCCUUCAGUCGCGCGAGAAGGCGCUUACCAUUGCCAGAGUGCUCGCCCUCACGGUUCUCGAUGUCCUGCGUGACACCGCCGUGCUGGACGCCAUCAGAGCUGAUUUUCGAGCGACAGUCAGCAAGCCUCUGCAGAAUGGCGCCGUCUAGCCCUAGGAAUUUACGUAAAAAUACUUUCGCUAAAAUUAAAAUAGAUAUAUUACUUC